AACAUAUUUAACGUCGACAUUUCUGGUGAGCGCUUCAAACUCACACAUUCCUUAUUAAACUCCAAACAAUUGAUUCAAAUCCUUAACUAAGGAGAGUGUAUACUCCUUUUUCUCCAGUUUCUUUUAACUCUACAAAAAUGCUUGACUACCUAUCCUUGGCUUUUGUGGUGGCGGUGAAGGUUUUUAAGAAAACUACGCCAAAUGGAAAAGUUACGGUUUACCUGGGCAAACGGGACUUCAUUGAUCAUAUAGAUUACUGCGAUCCCGUAGAUGGAGUCGUGGUGGUUGACACCGAGUACCUGAAAGGGCGAAAAGUUUACAGCCAGCUGGUGACGACGUACCGAUUCGGUAGGGAGGAAGAUGAGAUUAUGGGAGUCAAAUUCUCGAAGGAAAUGGUCCUUGGCACGGAACAAGUUGUACCAAUGGUCAACGCGAAAAUGGAACUGACACCUGUCCAGGAGAAGUUGCUGAAGAAGCUGGGACCUAAUGCCUUCCCAUUCACUUUCUCCUUCCCUGAAAUGUCACCCGCAUCGGUGACCCUUCAACCAUCUGAAGAGGACCAAGGCAAGCCCAUGGGCGUUGAUUAUUGCGUACGAACCUACGUGGCCGACAAUGAAGACGACAAGAACCACAAGAGGAGCUCCGUAACUCUUGCCAUUAAGAAGCUGCAACAUGCUCCAGCCUCCCGUGCACGACGUCUUCCAAGCUCUCUAGUUAGCAAGGGCUUUACUUUCAGCAACGGGAAAAUAAGCCUUGAAGUAACUUUGGACAAAGAGAUCUACUACCAUGGUGAAAAACUCGCCGCCAACAUCAUUGUAUCGAACAACUCCAGGAAGUCCGUACGAAACAUUCGUUGCAUGGUCGUCCAGCAUGUCGAGAUUACCAUGAUCAACUCUCAAUUCAGCCGCCAUGUCGCCUCUCUGGAAAGCCGUGAAGGAUGCCCAAUUACACCUGGGGCAAGCCUUUCCAAGACCUUCUACCUGGUGCCUUUGGCUCGCAGCAACAAGGACAUCCGUGGUAUCGCUUUGGACGGACACCUUAAGGAAGAUGACGUUAACCUUGCCAGCUCUACUAUGGUCGCUGAGGGCAAAUGCCCAGCUGAGGCCAUUGGUAUUGUGGUAUCAUACUCUGUACGCGUUAAGCUGAACUGCGGAACCCUUGGCGGCGAACUCGUUACUGAUGUGCCAUUCAAGCUUCUACACCCAGCUGAGGGCUCCGUUGAGCGUCAACGAUUCAAUGCAAUGAAGAAGAUGCAGUCCAUUGAGCGACACCGCUACGAAAACUCUCUCUACACCAAUGAGGAGGAAGACAACAUUGUUUUCGAGGACUUUGCUCGCCUGAGGAUGAACGAACCAGAAUAAACGAUUUGGGCAUCGUAAACCUACAAAAAAAAAAUUGAAAAAAAAAACCACAAAAGUACAAAAAAAGUAAUCAAGCAAUACUCAACCUAAAACCACGAACCUAUGCUUACCCAUUUGAUUUGUUGGAGUUGUAUCAUUAUCAUUCAUUAAUUACUAUCAUUGGUUUAGAAUUGGAAAAUAUCAUAGUUUGUGAAAAAUAAGUUUAAUAAUUAUCUAUUUUUAACACAAUCAGCUAUACGGAUAGUGUGAGUUUUCAUGAUUUAAGUAUACCUACCUAAUUGAGAUAAAUACUGUAAUCAAGAAUUGUUAUUGACCAAUAAAAAAAUAUCACCAACUGCUGUAAUUGUCCAAUCCAACUUACCUUAUCCGCGUAAGCUUAUGAGAAAAUUAAUAAAGAGCUGUCACCAGAAA